AUGGUGCCUUUCGGCUUCAUUCUUCUCGUUGCGGUCGCGCCUCUCUGUCGUGGCGCGGAGUUCUCAUUCAUACGUGAGCCCGAAUCGGAGAUCAUUGAAGAUGGACACGCUAUCUUCAUGUGUGAGCCGUCGCAGGGCUUUGCCACCGUGCAGUGGUUCAGGGAUGAUCAGGAAUUAUCAGCCAAUUCAAGCAACGUUGUCAAGAUCUCGACCUGUGGCCGGAUGCAUUCGCUCGAAGUUCUCGAGACCAAACGUUCGAAGUAUCGCUGUGUGAUCGGUAUGAAGAAAUCGCCUCUGAAGUUGAUGUCGAAAACAGUCGAAGCCAUCCCUAUCGCGAUCGACGAAUUCAACAGUCUGAACACAAGCGAUCGCCGGAUAGAGGUAUCCCAGGGAUCGACGGCUAUCAUACCAUGCGGUCCUCUGCCGAGGAGCGAGCCUCCCGCCGUACCCAAUGUGCACAUACUGAAGAAACGUAAACGGAUCGUUCUCAAGCUAGGUCACCGAUUCCAAGUUAUGCGAUCAGGCAACGUUUUCGUACGGAACGCUCAACCUAAGGAUAGUGGCGAGUAUCAGUGCUUUGCCGAAAACCCGCUGACAGGUGAGCGUAGGGAGGCCCCAUUCAAGGUGCAUCUCCAUGUGCGCUCGCAGGACGGCGAGCAGUCACAGAGAAGAAACGCCAGCCUCGUCCACGGACCCCCUCCCCGAACGGAAGCCAUAAUCGGUAGCAAUGUCACCAUGGAGUGUUUGGGAGACGGUAUACCCAAGCCUCAGAUCCAAUGGAAACGCAUGGAUCCUUCGUAUCUGCCCGAGGGUCGGAUCGAGGGGGAGAAUACUCUGACCCUGCUUUCCGUGACGCCGAAACACGCGGGCGUCUAUGAGUGCUUGGUUUCAAACUACGUCACGGUCAGGGCACGGAGCACGCUGGUCGUUCUCGAACCGCCGCGUCUCAAGCAGCCGGAAAAGAUCACCUAUGUCGUCGAAAAUGGCCAAUCCCUGAACCUCGAGUGCGAGCUGAGUCGAGGUGAACCGCAGCCGAACAUCACGUGGGUCUUGAACGCGGAGCGAUUGCGCUCCCAUUCGGGCAGAAGCAUUUUCGUCUCGGAACGCGAGGUUUUCAUUCGGAAGAUCACCAAGCAAUUCCACGAAGGAGCCUAUCAGUGCUUCGCCACGAACAGCUUGGGCUCGGCUUCGAUUCAGUAUCAGGUUCAGGUGAUUUCCGCCGCCAGUCAGGACGAGGCAGGACUCUCUGCUCAGGACUUCGGUCGGGACCGGGAAAAUUCGCCGUCGCAGUCGCGUACAGAGGACAAGAUCAGAUUGCCGUCCCCUUCGAAACCGGACAUCCAACAGAUUUCCUCGAGCGCCGUGCUGAUCACUUGGCUCGUCGAUCCCGCGGAACUAUCGGUGUCCUUCUUCAAGGUUCAGUACAUGGUCAGAGGGGGCGGAUGGGAAACGUUGGAUGUCGAAGUGAAUCCUUGGCAGACGGCCUACCAAGUCGACGGUCUACAGCAGCCACUGCAGUACCGCUUCCGGCUGAUCGCCGUCUACGAGAAUGACGAUCACCGCAUAAGCAAAGCCAGUCGAUGGGUAGCACUCGUCGAGAUGCCCGAACCCAAGCGUAAUGAAACGCCUCAGCUCACGCCGAUCGUGAGCGUGUCUUCGGACUCACCCACGUCGCUGACCGUCCAGUGGAAACUCGAGACGCAGUCCGGUGAUAUAGUCGACGGUUUCAUUCUGAAGUUCCGUCGAAUCGACAGCGCAGGGGAGUGGACGAUCCAUCGGCAGCCGAGAAACGCAUCCAGAUCCUUCACGAUCGAGCAUCUGAAAGCCGGUCAGCACUACGAGGUGAAAAUGGCGGCUUUCAAUCAGUUCGGUGUUGGAAACUUCUCCACUGCGAGAGUGGCCCGCACGAGGGACGCUCCGACGCGCUCACCACCCUCCGUGAAACUAGUUCCUCAUGACGACGAGCAGGAUAAGCUCCACAGAAACGACAACGGAAAUCUAGGCAAAGAAAUGCCUCAACGCACAGCUUUCCAGAAACAUCAUUUAAUUGCAAUCGCGGUCAUCGGUGCCACGCUCGGUAUCAUUAGCCUCGUAUGUCUGGUUUGCGCAAUACAAUACGGACGGAAUUCCUCCGGGAGGCCGUCUAAGGUCGACAAGCGCUUGCGGAGGGAAGCUGCGGCUUACGUCAACGACGCCAACCUAAACUUUACGCCUUCUAUAUCGACGGUCGACCUGGCGAGCAACUCUCCUAAUAGCAAACGCUUCGACGACGAUGAUCUGACGACCGAUGACAGCGAGGACUCGGGCUCGGAGUCGAUGAAAAGCGUGUCACACGAAGAAGUUCCUCGUUCGGAGAAAGAGUACGCACUCCGAAUCCUGACUCAGCUGUACGCUACGAACGGGCACAUCGUCAACUUCGAUACUCAGUCAAGCCGCGUCCACAGCGUGUAG